AAUUAAUCGUGGUUAGUAACAUUGUGUAGCGCAACCGGGAAAAUAAGUUUUGGUAGCCUAAUAAGAUUUGUGUUUCCGUUAAAAGCCGUGGAAAAUGUCGGAGACGAGUCACGACGCGAUCUCCGUCACAGAUCCGAUCGAUCAGUUACCUCUCCGGCUACUCAGAUCGGAAAUCGUUCCACCUGCUCCAACACGAUCCCAAUCUUCUAUCGACUGGCUUCCCGACUUCGCCGGUUACUCAUGGCUUGCUUACGGAGCAUCCACUCUCCUUGUGAUCUCUCAUCUCCCUUCCCCUCUCCGCGGCCAAGACUCCACCAACGGACCUUUUUUCCGUCAGGUGCUCGAGGUUUCCGCCGACGUUUCUUCUCCAGUUACCGCCGUUUCCUGGUCUCCUGUAACGCCCUCUCUAGGCGAGCUCGCGGUUGGGUCUGGGAACUAUAUCUGCCUCUUCACCAGUGAUUUGAAUGGUUCUUUUUGUUGGAGUCAGAAUGCCAUAUUGGUGCAAGCAACAAAAGUCGAAGCAAUUGAAUGGACAGGAUCCGGGGAUGGGAUCAUUGUUGGUGGAACUGAUAUUCUUGUGUGGAAGAGAAGGAACCAAUCUUGGGAAAUAGCUUGGAAGUUCCCUGCAGGGGAUCACCUUCAUGAUCUCGUUUCCUCCACAUGGUCACUCGAGGGUCCUUUUGCCACAGCAACUUCUUGGACCACGUUUCCAGCCGACUGUGAUGACGCAGGUAAACGUGUCUCGGCCUACUAUAGUGACGGGGAGUCAUUUCGUACAGUUGAAUUGCCUCAUCCGCAGAGAAUAUCCAUGAUUCAGUGGAGACCUGUGGAAGUAUGUAUAGGGAAAUCGAUAAGGAAUGUGCUAAUGACAUGUUGCUUGGAUGGGGCUGUAAGGUUAUGGAGUGAGGUAGAUGGUGGAAAGACUAAAAAGGGCGUGAAAGAUGUGAAUGAUCAUAAAAGAUCUUUUUGCGUGGUAGCUGUGAUAGAGAUAAAUCAGGUCUUGGAUGGCUAUUUGGGCAGAGAUAUAUUCAUUUCUUGGGGAACUCGCACAUCUGGUAUAUUGAAAACCAUUGAAGGUGAUAAUCAGUUGUUUUCUGUUGAAAAGUAUGAUCAUGAGAAUGUUGGCAGCUGUGAGUGGUUGGUAGGGCACGUCCUUGGGAAAUCGGCUUCUUUGUGGGCUGUCCAUUGUCUUGAUGACAUCUCGCCUAUGAGGUUUCCGAGGAUCACAUUGUGGGCGAGGCAAAAAUCAAAUGAAAUCGGUGUGGAACCACUCUCUCUAGCUGAUGCUACAGGUGGUUCUGAUCAUUUACCGCUGAGAAAAGCUUCUGUAUUGAGAAAUAACCUUUAUGGCACACCGCUUAUCUGCUCGUCAAUUUAUAUAUCUCCGCGGAAUACCAUUCAUUGGUCUUCCUUGCACACAAUAAAAUCACAUGCUUCAGAAGAUUCAUCUCCACAUGAAUCCAGUGUAUUGAAGUGCGUCACGGAACAGAUAUUAGAUCUUGAUGGUCACGGUGGGAAAAUCCUACAGAUUGCCUUCGAUCCUAUCAUAUGCGAGGCGGGAUACACUGCUUCUCUGGAUUAUAAUGGUUUGGUAAUAAUCUGGUCCUCUUCUGAUUAUUUGAAGCGUGCUACUGACCAUCCUAUAUCAGUGCCCUCUUGGAAACCUUGUGGACGGCUUCAAAAUCGAGAGUUAAGACUGAAGUACACGAGUAUAUGCUGGGCACCGUCAUCAUCGAAUCGUGAAAGAUUUCUACUUGUGGGACAUGUAGAAGGCGUUGAUUGCUUUAGCGUGAGGAAUUGUGGGAGAGGUUAUGAUGGUUUUAUGACCCAUUACAUAUGUACCAUACCAUUUUCAGUUAGCCGCCCUUUGGAGAAUGGCCCGACCAGCAUAUUUGCAAGACCUCUGUCUAAUUCUUGUGGAAAGACAUUCAAAAGUAACAGAUUCUUGCUUUUGAGUGUAUGGAUGAAAGAGAAACGGUUUGAGGCUCUGUCAUGGAGAGUGACCUUGCAUCAUUUCGAUGCAGCAGGAAGCACCUGCGACUGUGAUUUUCAUGAUUUUGAUAGUACUGAAUCGGGCAAGUGGUUGUUCGAAGAGACUUUUGAUGGUAAGAAAAAUUGCAUUGCUGUUAGAUCGUGCUCUUCAGAAAUACCUGAAUCUCACCGUUGCGAUGAAGUUACCAGUUUUGCUGUGGUCAUUCCAAGCAGCAGGGCGCUAGAGAAUGACAUGAAUAUUGAAAGUCAAGCUUAUACUAUGGCAACUGGCCAAGCUGAUGGCUCUUUAAAACUUUGGAGAAGUAGUCUUCAGAAAAGUUCAACCCCUUUCAGUCCGUGGGAGCUUGUUGGCAUGCUCACCAUUGGUCAAAAUCCUGUCAGCGGUAUAUCUCUGACUGAUUCAGGACACAAGAUAGCAGCCCUCUGUACAGAUAAUCAUUCAAAAGCUGUUUGCACAAUUAGUAUAUGGGAGAUUGUACACCUUAUAGAUUCAGGGGUUUUCAUACUAGAGGAGAAGUUACAUGUUGAUGCAGAGGUUGUUGCUGUAAGAUGGUUAGCUGUGGGCAAUGGUCAGCUACUGGUUGGAGUUUGUACACAGAAGGAGAUGCGGAUGUAUGGUAUUGCUCGGCAGCCCUGCAAAAGUUCCAGUUUCGCCGUCUCUGAUUAUUCUCCAGAGUCACAAACUUGGCAAUGCUUUGCUGUUACUCGUACAUUUUCUGCUAUUCAUGAUUUAUGGUGGGGAUCCAAAGCCAUGACUGCCCUUGUUCAUAAUGAUUAUGUUAGUCUACAUGGUCAAUGGCUGGCUGUUAUUGAUAAGAAGCAAAAGAUCGAUAACAAUCCAAGAAUUUUUGCAGCCAAUCUUUCCAACCUAGUAAAUGCUACAGAAGAAGGCAGAGACUCUGAAUUGUUAUCUGAUUCUGGUAUUAAUGAUCUCAAAGAAGCUAAUGCGGCAUCUAUAAGCAGAGCGUGUAUUCCUCUACCUCUAACAAGUAAUGCAAUUGAUGGGUGGCAAUCCAAUAGUAUGCCUUUAACUGGGGCCGCAUAUGGUUCAGAUACUAUUAAUGACAUUACCAGCAUGCUAAAUAUGGUGGAGAAGUUAGGAGGUGCUUUGCCACUUUAUCACCCUCAAGCCCUCCUUGUUGCUAUACGUUCAGGCAAUUGGAAACGAGCAAGCGCAGCUUUAAGGCAUCUUGCAGAAUAUAUUACGUCAAGUGAUGCCUCCGAGAAGGAUUACGCUGUAAAGUCAGAUCUCUGUCCGGAGAUCCUUUUGUCAAAAUAUUACGAAGGGUCUCUCUCCAAUGGCCCAAAUCUUAAGGAUUUCCACUGGGGUGGAACAUCUGGUUCAAUGCUGCAGCAUUCACAGUUUCAGUCAAAUUUCAGUAUGGAUACUUAUGGUCCCAAUAGUAGUCACAGUUCACCUGCAACAGACUUGGAAUUUAGUGGCUUCUGCGAGCAGCUGAAGAAGUUAUCAGAUGGAGGAAAUAUUUCCAGGAUAGAAAAGAUGCAAUAUUUUGCAAUUGUUGACCUUCUUUGUGAAAUUAGUAAUCACCAUUCUACUUCUGUCUAUGCAAGUCUUGAUGAAGCUGGGAGAAGAUUUUGGGUCACACUUAGGUUUAAACAGCUGUACUUAGCUCGAAGUUCUGGCAAAACAGCAUUUAUAGAGGAGUUGGAUAUUGACUCUAGUAUGAUAGGAUGGGCUUUUCACUCAGAGUCUCAAGAAAAUUUGGUUGGUUCUCUUUUACCCAAUGAAUCAUCAUGGCAACAAAUGCGAUCACUGGGUUUUGGAUUUUGGUAUUCAAAUGUAGCACAGUUGCGUUCACGAAUGGAGAAACUGGCGCGACAGCAAUACCUGAAGAACAAAAAUCCUAAAGAUUGUGCGCUUCUCUACAUAGCUUUAAAUAGAAUUCAAGUUUUGGCUGGUCUUUUCAAAAUAAGCAGGGAUGAGAAAGAUAAACCCUUGGUGGCUUUUCUUUCACGCAAUUUUCAGGAAGAGAAAAAUAAGGCAGCAGCCUUGAAAAAUGCAUAUGUGCUAAUGGGUAAACACCAACUGGAGCUGGCUAUAGGUUUUUUUCUCCUUGGAGGUGAAGCUUCAUCUGCGAUAAAUGUUUGUGUGAAAAAUCUUCAGGAUGAGCAGCUUGCCCUCGUAAUUUGCCGGCUUGUUGAUGGGCAGGGUGGGGCCAUGGAAAGUAAUCUUAUAAAGAAAUAUAUACUCCCGUCUGCAGUUCAGAGAGGAGACUUUUGGCUGGCAAGCCUUCUUAAGUGGGAAUUAGGAGAGUACCACCAGUCAUUUCUUGCUAUGGCCGGAUGUCUUGAGAAUCCUGUUAAUGAGAGCUCUACUGUUACUUCAAAUCACAUCUCUUUUGUGGACCCUAGUAUCGGCCUAUACUGUCUAAUGUUGACUACAAAAAAUAGUGUGAAGAAUGCUUUGGGGGAAAGAACUGCUUCAAAUCUUAGUAGAUGGGCAAUUUUGAUGGCUUCUACCGCCUUCAGCAGAUGUGGGCUCCCGCUGGAGGCGUUAGAAUGUCUUCAAGCAUCUGCCAGCGGUCAUGGUGGCAUGCAUCGGGCUAGUGGGCCAAGUAAUGGACAUUUGCGUACUCCACAUGGUGUUCUGGAGCUUUCUGUUCCUGAUUCAUCUAAUUGGGUAUCAAGUGGUGUCUCAUCUACUGUGGACACUCAUUUUAGAUUGGGUUUAGCCGCCCAGUUCCUCUCAAAGCUAUUACGGGAAGCAACUGCACUCUUGAUGAAUUCUGAAAUUGUUUCCUGUGAGAAACUGUCAGGAUUUCAUCAUAAGCUACAAACAGCUUUGGAGCUAUUUAACCAGAGGUUUUCAUUGUCGUCAUCUUGCCUACGUAAUAUGGUGAUUCUGUCAGCAGACACCCGUGGGUUACUAUCCAUGGGGUACAAACUGUUUCAGGAAAAUUGUUCAUCAGGAGUCUCGGUAGACAAGUCUCACACAGAUGAAGAUCUCAUCCAAAAUUCAGCUUUGUGUAAAUUGGUUCUGAAAGCGACUGAAGAGAAAUCACUCGUAUUAUCACGUAUCAUUGCUGCAUGCAGUGUCACUUGCUUACACUCAGUGCCAUGCUUUGAGGAAAACAAGGUGUCAUCUGGAACUGAGCCAAAGUGGUCCAAUGCUUUGCGAUUUUACUUUCAGGGAAUUCUGCAAUCGUUCUCUAGUUUAAAGACUUCUUUAAGGCUGUGCUUGGGCUCCUCUGAGGAAAACCUGAAAACGAGACUCGCUGUUGUUCUUGAUUUAGUCGAGUAUUGCUCAAGACUCGCAAUGGCCUGGGUUCUGAGAGAUGUAAAUUCUCUUUCUCGAAUGGUGCAGCCCCUUACAGAAGCAUAUUUUCAUGGGCAUGUGCCUUCUGAGAUUGACUUGGAAAGCCUGAAGAGGGUAUACCACCAAGAAGUUUCUGUUAAUGUUCCAGAUGCAUCAGAUGUAGGAGUUAAUUCUAUUGUUGAGAACAAAGAAGUUGGCUAUCCAGUGUCCUCAAUUCCGGAAGAUGAAAGGCGUUUUGUAGCACAAGCAUGUUUCUGGAAGCAUGUUUCAGACUUUGUGAAACAUAAGCUGGUAUCUCUUUCGAUCGAUUUAGAUGAUGGUAUCUCGAAUAGUGUUUCGUCUGAAAAAUUUGAUGUUCAGACAUCAUCGGAUUCCAGUGAUGACAUUGUAUUUGUGACUGAGAAGAUCAUGUCCGUUCUGGGAAGAACACUGAUUAGCACCCUUGCUCAACUCUCUUCCUACCAUGUAAAACAACUUGUAUUGCUUUUGAAACUGAAAAUAGAGAAGAGAAUCCAGGUUCCUACCUUGUUAUGGCUGCACGUGCACGAAUGUCGGGAAUCUCAAGCUUUAAUUAAUCGAGCUAUCCCAGAUGCAGUUAUAGAGAAUGGAGAAGACAACGGUGACCUUGCAGUUUCUAUGAGGUUUUGGAAGCUUUGUGUUGAUCCUCAUUUAGUAUUGGAAGCGUUCUUGCUAGAAAAUUUUGAUAUAUUUGAGUGGUCAAAAUAUAAGCCAUUGGAAGAUUGGAGCGAUAUGUACAGAGAAGUAACCGGGAAGAAUGAGGCCAAUGUGCCAUGCAAUCAAGAUGGUAGGAAUGAGGUGGCUUCACUUGCAAGCCACGCUUCAAAUUCUUCGCCGAAAGCUACAAUAACUGCCAAUGAAAAUUCUCCUUUCCAGAACCCCAAAGAAAUCCACAAGAGGACAGGGGAGCUUAUAGAGGCCCUAUGUAUCAACGCCAUCAACCAUCGGCAAGCUGCAUUAGCUAGCAACCGCAAGGGUGUCAUUUUCUUUAACCUUCAAGAUGGUAGUUCCUGCGAUGAUCAGUCGAAGUAUAUCUGGUCAGAUGCUGACUGGCCACAUAAUGGUUGGGCUAACUCUGAGUCAACUCCUGUUCCAACAUGUGUCUCACUCGGUGUUGGUCUUGGAGACAAGAAAGGAGCACACCUUGGAUUAGGUGGGGCCACUGUUGGUGUUGUUUCUCUUUCCAAGCCUGGGAAAGCUCACAGAGUUCCGGGUUACACUGGGUUAGGAGUCUCUGGUCUAGGUUGGGAAACUCAAGAAGAUUUUGAGCAGGUUGUUGAUCCUCCCCCAACAAUUGAAACUGUUGUAACGAGAGCAUUCUCUAGUCACCCAACAAUGCCUCUCUUCUUGGUCGGCUCAAACAACACUCACAUUUACUUGUGGGAGUUUGGGAAAGACAGAGCUACUGCAACUUACGGUGUUCUGCCUGCUGCAAAUGUUCCUCCUCCAUAUGCUUUGGCGUCAAUAUCAGCAGUGCAAUUCGGUCCGUGCGGACACAGAUUUGCGAGCGCUGCUCUAGAUGGAACGGUAUGCACUUGGCAAUCAGAAGUUGGAGGAAGAAGCAAUAUCCACCCUGUCGAAUCAUCUCUUUGCUUCAAUGGCCAUGCAUCAGAUGUGGAAUAUAUUAGUUCGAGUGGAUCUAUAGUUGCAGCUUCAGGAUAUAGCUCAAGUGGUGUCAACGUAGUUGUAUGGGAUACUCUAGCUCCCCCUUCAACCUCUCAGGCAUCUAUCAGUUGUCAUGAAGGUGGUGCACGCUCUAUCUCGGUAUUUGAUAAUGACAUUGGCAGUGGCUCAAUUUCUCCUAUGAUUGUAACUGGUGGCAAAAAUGGUGAUGUUGGAUUGCACGAUUUUCGGUAUAUUGCAACCGGUAAGAUGAAGAAGCAAAGGAACUCUGACGGAAGAUCUUCAACUGAUGGAGAUCAGAACAAGAAUGGGAUGCUUUGGUAUAUACCAAAGGCUCACUUAGGGAGUGUAACCAAAAUAUCGACAAUCCCGCGAACGAGUCUGUUCUUGACGGGAAGCAAAGACGGAGAUGUUAAACUUUGGGAUGCAAAAGCAGCAAAGUUGAUUCAUCAUUGGCCUAAACUACACGAGAGACACACUUUCAUGCAGCCAAACUCUAGAGGCUACGGUGGAAUCAUCCGGGCUGGGGUGACUGACAUACAAGUUUGUACGAAUGGGUUUAUCACUUGUGGUGGUGAUGGCACUGUAAAGUUAGUCAGCCUCAGAGAUUCCUACGAAGAUGUAUAAUUAAAAAACAUUUUCCGGGAAACUAUUACAGCCGAGAAAGCGAGUGUUUAGUUUCAACGUGAUUUUUGAUAAAGUAUUUUCAGAUUCCUGAUUUUUUUUUUGUGUGCCUGUAAUGUAAGUUUGUUUCUUUCUCUAUGGCAUUGGUGUAUACACGGACAUUUGAAGCAGUGGAAUGAAUCUUGAGUUGACGCCCUUAAGAUAUAUAUUUAAAUUUAUCUUUGACUUGACUUCAA